AUGAUGACUUGGGAGGACUGGGACAUCGAGGUUCCGGACGUUUCGAAGCGCAGCACUCUCCUCCAGCUCGCCAAGAUGGCGUUCAACACGUAUGCGGCCGAUAACAGCAGUGCCGGCUCAUGGUACGACGUCCAUCAGGACGGGUGGGACUCGACGCCGUUCGGGUGGCAUCCCGACCAGGAUGGCAUGCGGGGCCACAUCUUCGUGUCUGAGGACAACUCCACGGUGGUUGUUGCGAUCAAGGGAACCUCAGCAGGAUGGCUGGUUGGUGGAGGUGGUCCGACGGUUGGCCGGGAUAAGAAGAACGACAACAUGCUCUUCUCGUGCUGCUGCGCACGUGUUGGGCCGACGUGGUCGACGGUGUGCGACUGCUAUGACGGAGGCAACCGGUGCGACAUUGAGUGCGUGGAGAAUUCGAUGAAGGACGAGGGAUUGUUCUACCCCAUCGGCACGAAUCUCUACAACAACGUCACGUACAUGUAUCCGAACGCGAACAUCUGGCUCACAGGCCAUUCACUCGGAGGAGGUCUCGCUGCCCUCAUGGGAGCCACCUUCGGUGCGCCCGUCGUCGCCUUCGAAGCCCCGGCCGAGAAACGAGCUUCACAACGCCUCCAUCUCCCCAGUCCGCCGUCAACGCACCAUAUCACGCACGUCUACAACACGGCUGAUCCGAUUCCAAUGGGCACUUGCACCGGAGUCACCUCGAUGUGCUCCAUUGGCGGUUUCGCCCUCGAGACUCGGUGCCACCUGGGGCAGGUUAUCCUGUACGACACCGUUCAGAGGCUUGGCUGGUCCGUCGAUAUCCGGAACCAUGGGAUCCAGGUCGUCAUUGAGAAGAUCCUGAGCGACAAUGCUGAUUGGAAGGACGAAUUCAAUGAGGUGGACGAGGAUGAAGACGAGGAGGGCAGCGGUCUGAUGAAGGUGUUGCGAUGGGGUUGGCCUGGGCGCAAGAGAGGUAGUGGUGAAGAGGGUGGUGGAGAUGGAGACGGUGGACACAAGCAGAAGCGGAGGGAAGUUCCAUUACCCCGACCCGCCCUGGAGGUCGAAGGCACCGAUGGAGUAUGCACGGAUUGCUUCAACUGGGAAUAUGGGAUUUUCACGAACCGUACAGGUGUUAAAGCCUCGAUUUGUUCAUGA